AUGCAACCUCCAUCUGCAGGCUGGCUGAUUUACUUCAGGCCCUCUAUACCUCAUGUGGACUAUUGGAACAGCUACCAAGCAACAUUCCCUGACACCAAACCUGCUCCUUUCCUAAUAACCACCCUUUUCACCUACUCCCUACCAAAGGCAGGAAGCCGGAGUCCGGGGGUCAUAUACUACAAAUUUAGUGACUUCAUGCAGAAGUUGGUGGGAACAUGGGCUUUGGAGGCCUACAGCCCACAGGGAUUAAAGCCUGUGGUUCCCACAGAAGCACCUCCUAUCAUAUUUGCCACACCAACUAAACUGACCUCCGAUUCCACAGUGUAUGAUUAUGCUGGAGAAAACAGAGUUCCAGAGCUGCAGAAGUUUUUCCAGAAAGUUGAUGGUGUGCCCAUCUACCUGAAACAAGGCCUGCCUGACCAAAUGCUUUACUGGACCACCAUGGCGCUGACUGUGGGAGGGACCAUCUACUGCCUGAUCGCCCUCUACAUGGCUGCACAGCCCAAAAAAUGA